CAGCAGAGCGGAGCCUGGAGCCGAAAAGCUUUACCCUCUUAGACCUGAUAACCGAUUGUGCUCCUGGAGGUCCCCUCCUCCUCCAAGGACUUUAGUCUUUGGAGCUGUCAGAGGAGCGGAGUGAGAUAAGAGCUUGGCAGGCUGUGAAGGAAGGGAGGGAGCGCUCAAUAGCCGCCUACUGCCCGGUCGGGACUCACAUCAUGGAGCCCAGGGCAGCCAGAUUGCGGAAGGGAGAAGGGCCGAGAGGAGAGCAAGACGACCGACGCUCCGGAGGUGGAAACACUGAGAAGGACAGAGGCCUGGACUUGGUGCAAUGGACCCGACAUAUGGAGGCUGUGAAGACACAGUUGCUAGAGCAAGCACAGGGACAGCUGCUGGAGCUGCUGGAUCGGGCCAUGCAGGAGGCCGUCCAGGCCUACCCACCACAAGGCGGACCUCUGCCUUCCAAUCCUCCAGAUUCCUUGAACAAGGCCCGGGAACCAUCCCUGGGGAAGCAGAAAACUUUCAUCAUCCGAAAGUCCCUGCUUGACGAGCUGAUGGAAGUGCAGCAUUUCCGCACCAUCUACCACAUGUUCAUCGCCGGCUUGUGUAUCUUCAUCAUCAGCACCCUGGCCAUCGACUUCAUUGAUGAGGGCAGGCUGAUGCUGGAGUUUGACCUACUGAUCUUCAGCUUUGGACAGCUGCCCUUGGCGCUGAUGACAUGGGUCCCCAUGUUCCUGUCUACUCUGCUGGUGCCCUACCAGGCCCUGCGCCUGUGGGCCAGGCCCCGGGCAGGAGGGGCCUGGAUGCUGGGGGUGGGCCUGGGCUGCUUGCUGCUGGCUGCCCACACCGCGGUGCUCUGGGUCCUCCCGGUCCACGUGGCCCUGAAGUAUCAGCUCCCUCCUGCCUCCCGCUGUAUCCUAGUCUUCGAGCAGGUCAGGCUCCUAAUGAAGAGCUACUCCUUCUUGAGAGAGGCUGUGCCUGGGACCCUUUGUGCCAGAGGAGGUGAGGGCAUACGGGCCCCCAGUUUCUCCAGCUACCUUUACUUCCUCUUCUGCCCCACAUUAAUCUACAGGAAGACUUACCCCAGGACACCCAACGUCAGGUGGAAUUAUGUGGCCAAGAACUUUGCCCAGGCCCUGGGCUGCGUACUCUAUGCCUGCUUCAUCUUGGGCCGCCUCUGUGUUCCUGUCUUUGCUAACAUGAGCCGGGAGCCCUUCAGUACCCGGGCUCUGGUGCUGUCUAUCAUGCAUGCCACGUUACCAGGCAUCUUCAUGCUGCUGCUCAUCUUCUUUGCCUUCCUCCACUGCUGGCUCAAUGCCUUCGCAGAGAUGCUACGGUUUGGAGACAGAAUGUUCUAUCGGGACUGGUGGAACUCCACGUCCUUCUCCAACUACUACCGCACUUGGAACGUGGUGGUCCAUGACUGGCUGUACAGCUACGUCUAUCAAGAUGGGCUGUGGCUUCUUGGUGGCCGGGCCCGAGGGGCAGCCAUGCUGGGUGUGUUCCUGGUUUCUGCCGUGGUCCAUGAGUACAUCUUCUGCUUUGUCCUGGGAUUCUUCUAUCCUGUCAUGCUGAUGCUCUUCCUUGUCUUCGGAGGGCUGCUGAACUUCAUGAUGCAUGAUCGGCACACAGGCCCAGCAUGGAAUGUGCUAAUGUGGACCUUGCUCUUUCUGGGCCAAGGCAUCCAGGUCAGCCUGUACUGCCAGGAAUGGUAUGCACGGCGACACUGCCCCCUACCCCAGACAACCUUCUGGGGGCUGGUGACACCUCGAUCUUGGUCCUGCCAUACCUAGAAGACAGAGGACCGUCACUCUCCUGGGGAUACCACCGAGUCCUUCUCUGCCUACAAAGCCUCGGACCAGAGCUCCUCUCCCUACAAUCCUAGAUCUAGCUCCAAGUCAAGGGGGUGUGGCAGGCAUGACCCCACCAGGGAAUUCCAGGGACUGAGAUCUGAGAUUCUAGGGACCUGUAGAACCGCUAAGCACAGACUCACAGUGGUGGUGGCUCCUGAGCUGCCAGCCCCACAGAUUGGGCACAGAGCCCCCUCCUACCUCAUGACGGUCCAGACUUGGGGAUACUUGAAGGAUCUUAUAGAUUUGGUGAAUGUGGGGUGGCUUAGAGAAACGAGGGCCACCAAGAUCUGAGAAAGGUUUGGCUCUUUCUUUGUACUGUUUCCAAUACAAUAAUAAAGUUUAUGUCUCUUUUUAUUCA